CGGGGCACACACUCCGUGCUAGCUGCAGAGGCUCCGUCUAGAACAGCCCGGCUGCGAGGCAAAGGAGGAGGAGGCCCGGGGCGGCCAGACCCAGCACCCGCCCCGCCGCAGCCCCAGCUCCGCUGCCUGCGCGCUGCGCCCCAGGGUCCUAAGGUCACCCGCGACAGCCCCGGCUGCGAUGGAAACAGCCCAGGACCUCAUCCCUCUGGCCAAGGACCUGGUGGCGCAGAAGCCCACGGGCAAGCUGGUGAAGUUGUACGUGCUGGGCAGUAUGCUGGCGCUCUUCGGCGCGGUGCUCGGCCUGGUGGAAACAGUGUGCAGCCCCUUCUCCGCCGCCAGUCGCCUGCGGGAGGAGGAGGCCGCGGUGGCCGAGCUGCGCGCUGCGAGGGAGCGUCAAGCGCCCUGCACGCAGGUCGUGCGGGACAAGGGCCGGGGGCCGGAGCUGUGCGGCCGCUUGCCAACCCAUCGCCAGCACGCCUCCUAGGGGCGCCCUCCGGCCGCCGGCACACGUCCCCGCAGUCUCUCCGGAGCGCCCUUCCUGCUCCCCGCCCCCUCUCCCACCGCCUCCCUGGGGCGCCCUCCUGCUGUCCCCAGGAGGCGGCGGACAUCUCAGCCGACCUGCCACAGACGGCCAGGAGUCUGGGACUGAGUUUUGCUGCUGUGCAGCACUGCCUUAUGAUAGGUGCGUUUAGGAGCUGACGAUCCGUCAUUUUACACGAGGGAGGAAGAACAGCUUUUUAUACUAUUGCCAUUAUUAUCGUUCUAUUAUUGUUAUUACAGAGAUCGCCGUUUUGCAUUUUGAAAUAAAAAAGCAUUUUGUACUAUA